UAGCAGAUCCGAAGGCCCCCCGUUUUUUUAGUGUUUUUGACUAUUUGGAUCUCUCUCCGUCUAUACUUUUCCCGAGUGUCAUUUUCUCAUAUAUACUCUCUCCCAAAGGGUAGACCUCAAAUCCUUUCCAAAUGCCCCUUCCUUUCUCUAUUCCCCCACAUCCACUAAGGUUAUUCAAUCACAUUGAUAAAUCCUCCUCCCUUUCUCUCUCCCUCACGCUCCUUGCUCUCUCCUAGAGUUCUCCUUUCAGACCUGCCAGCAAAACAAAGCUCCAAAUAGACAAACAAACUCUUAUUCUGAUUUCUCCUCCUCUAAUCUUCUCCUUGUCUGCUCUUCUCGUCCUUCUUCUCUACAAUCCCAGCAGCACCACCACACACCAACGUGAAUCUGAUCUCUCUCUCUCUCUCCUAACCCCCCACUCUAUCUCUAUCUAAAUUGUGUUCUCUGGAUCAUGGGAUAUAAGAGCAAAAGGAGGAGAGAACAAGUAUAACUUGAGCUUCCAAAAUCCCUUUACUAUCUCCAUUCUUCCUAACAAAGGAAGGCCUUACCGCACUUCGUCUCUGUGGGAAAUUACUCUUCCUGUAAAAGAAUAGAAGACUCUUCUUCCACAUCUCUUGUUUUCUUUCUUCUUCUCUUUCCCUUCUUCAAUAGCUCAAGUGGAGACGAAAAAGAAGGAGAUCAAGUAAAACUCCUAUGAGAAUUGCUAGUGCUCAUAUUGUAGAUGCUGAAUUUCGAAAUAGGAAAGUGAGUUCAGUUAGCCAUCAAUUCAUUCAUCAAGUGUAGAAGAGAGAAAAAAGAGAAAGUAAAGAAAUAGAAUGCCGAUUGAAGAGGUCCUCAUGGAAGCCACCUCCAUGCCGUCACCUGACCUCUCCUUGCACAUCAGCCCGCCAAACAACACUCCCUCCUCCACAUCUGGCAUCGCCUGUACCGUUGACCAUGACCGCAGCCGCGACCUGCGGCAGCAGGCCGGCUCCCCGAAGCCCCACCAUGAUGACUCCGAUGCCUACACCGAGCUCUCACUCUCACACCCCUCAGCCACCUUUGAGGCUGACAAAUCACAGCAGUGGCAAGGGCCAACGGCACCACCACCGCCAUCGAAUGACCGCUGCCACCGGGCCCACUGGCCCAGUGUCGGAAUUGGGUCAUCGGUCGACUCAUCGUCGGAAGGCUUAAGGCCAAUUAAGGGGAUCCCCAUCUACAGCAACACCCCCUUCCACUUCCUUCCCUUGGACCACUCCAAGAUAGGAUUCCACCACCCAGCGUCCUCCUACCCUCCGCCUUGGCCCUCCUCGUCUUCCUCGAUGCAGUCAUCCUCCUCAUCAGUCUCACCCUCCAAUUUAGACCAUGCGGCACCCCUUCUCCAUCGGGCAGGCGGGGUUCCACCGAUGGGCUCGUCGUACCACCACCGGAUGGUCGCAGCACCGACGAGUUUCAAUUGGUUGUCAUCGGAGUCAUUCAAGUCACACCACCAGCAGCACCAUCAGUAUGGCAUGGGGCCGUUGGACGCCUCACACGGCAUGAUGAGGUCGCGGUUCAUAUCGAAGCACCCGACGACGAAGAGGAGCAUGAGAGCGCCAAGAAUGCGGUGGACGAGCACCCUCCAUGCCCGCUUUGUCCAUGCUGUUGAGCUCCUCGGCGGGCAUGAGAGGGCGACUCCAAAGUCAGUUCUUGAGCUCAUGGAUGUGAAAGAUCUCACUCUGGCCCAUGUCAAGAGCCAUUUGCAGAUGUAUAGGACUGUGAAAACCACUGACAAGCCUGCAGCUUCCUCAGGUCAAUCAGACGGCUCCGGUGAAGAAGAUUUUGGACCCGGGACCACUGGUCUAAACUUCCGACGGUUCAUCAAGCAGAGAGUGUCAGAUAGGCCUGUCCAACCACAUGAUAUGGACUACUCUUCAACUACUGCUACCAAUACUCCUAGUACUACAAGGUGGAGCAACUCAUCAAGGGGAACAUGGCUGCAAACAAACAUAAGUGAGAUCGAUGGGCAUAGAUCAACAACGUUCUCAUCUCAGAUUGAGGAUAGCAAUCCUUGCCGAUUUAAUGGUUUGCAAGUUUCUCAUCAAGAGUUCAAAAACCCUAGCUUGGAGUUCACCUUGGGAAGACCAGACUGGUGUGGCGCAGAGCAUGAUUCAUGCUAAUAAAACCUAAUCCUGAUGGUUUUGGGCCACUUGUUUCAGAAAUGGACAAAGAGAGAACACCAACAAGCUUAAUGCUUGCAUCAUCAUGCCCUCAUUGUCGCCAAAGAUGCAUAGAAAGAGGGAAGCCUAUAUUAAUGAAUUUGGGGUAUAGUGAGGCAAACUUUAUUGUACCAAGCAUUCAUCUCUUUUACUUUUCUUCUUUUUUCUGUAGCUGAAUUACAGUUAUUGUGGAGUGCUAAAGAUGAAGUUGGAAGCUGUUAUACACAUGGAAAGUGGGAAAGAAGGGAAAGGAAUAUGUUCAAAUGAAGGAAUCUCGACAAUAUCUUUUUUU